AUGGAAAAUAAUAAUAAUACUUUCAUUGAAGAUGAUGAUGAUGACGAAGAUUCAAUUAGUACAGAUGGAGGAUCAGAUAAAGAAUUAGGAAUGUUAUGGGAAACACCAGAAACUAUUAAUAUAUGUCAAGAAUGUAAACAAGAAUAUACUAAUUUUAGUUGGUGUCAUCCUUGUAAUUCAAAAAGAUUUAAAAAAAAUUUUAAGAAUUGGACAAGUAAUAAUAAAAAUAUUGAUAAAUUAAUUCAAGAUAAUCAAAUUAAUGCAAAAACUUCUAAUAUAUUAGAAUGGAUACCUUAUGAAAAAUUUCAAGAUAUAACUUAUUUAGAUAAAGGAGGUUUUGGAAUAGUUUAUAAAGCAACAUGGAUUGAUGGUCAUAUAAAUUUAUAUGAUUAUAUUUUUAAAGAUUGGGAUCGGUUUGGUAAAGAAACUGUUGUAUUAAAAAGUUUAAAUAAUUCUAAAGAUAUUUCUUCAAGUUUCUUACGUGAGAUUCAAAAUAAUGUCAAAAUGUUGGAACUUGGUAAAUGUGUGAUUAAUAUAUUGGGAAUAACACAAAACUCUAAUACUCAAGAUUAUAUGAUAGUUUUUGGAUGGGUAAAAGAUGGAAGUCUUAGAAAAUUUAUGAAUAAAAAUCCUAAAACGUUUACAUUAAAGAGAAAAAUAAAAAUAUUUUCUGCAAUUGCUAAUGGGCUCGCAAGUUUACACGAAAAUAAUUUAUUACAUAAGGAUUUUCAUACUGGGAACAUCUUGAUUGCUCAAGGUCAAGCGAUGAUAUCUGAUUUAGGUUUAUGUCAACCACCAAAUGAAGAGUACAAAGAAGGUGAAAAAAAUAAUGUAUAUGGUGUAUUACCUUACGUUGCACCUGAAGUUUUAAAAGAAAAAGAAUAUUCUAAAGCAUCCGAUAUUUAUGGUUUUGGAAUUAUUAUGAUUGAAGUAUUAUCUGAAGUACCUCCUUACAAUAAUCAAGCUCAUAAUUCUGAACUUGUAUUUGAAAUUUGUAAAGGUGAAAGACCUCAAAUUCCAAGAGAAACUCCUCAAGUUCUUAAAGGAAUCAUUUUAAAAUGUAUAAAUUCUAAUCCUGAAAAUCGUCCGAUUGCAAAAGAAUUAAAAGAAAUUUUUCAUCAUUGGAAGGAACUUUUAAGCAAAAAUACAAAAAUAAUUCCAAAUGAUGAAGAAAAAUUAAUUAUUAAAAAUAUUAGAUAUGCACAGAAAUUAUUUAAAAACUCAAAUCCUCAAUCUGAAAAACAAAAUUCACAUCCUCAAGCUUAUUAUACAAGUCGUCUUCUUAAUUUUAACAAUUUACCUGAACCUGAAAAUGUAACUCAAGAUUUUUCAGAACAAUUAGAAUAUACAAUUCCCGAUGAUGUUGAAUACGAAGAAGGUAUUGUAAUUUUUUAA